GUUAUUGAAACUUCCAUUUUGUAGAUUCAUGUGCAUGUUGCACAGUCACCGUACCGGGAGAUUUCAGACACAAAAGUAUACUUAUUUUAAUUGCUAAAUCCCUCGACGUCAUUCGUUAUUUUUUUGUUUUCAAAGCGUUUAUAAUAGAGAUAUUUGAUGACUUUUUCUGAAGAUAUGGCUUCCACUAAAAUUGUGAAAGACCGUGACGAAGAGAUGAUGGAAGCAACAGACGGCGAAGUUCCGAAAGACAACGAAGAAUCAGAGAAAGAAAAGAUGCAAAAAAAGGAACUUGAGACAGAUUCAGUUACUUUAGAAGAUUUCAAAGAACAUGUCAAACAAAUUGAAAAGGCUGUUUCAACAAAAGAGAAGAACUACUUAACUCGUGUUUUAAGGGCUUUGACUUCAACACGAAGGAAGUUGAACCACCGGGUAUUACGCAAGUUUAUUGUGGGCUUCUUCCCCACUGUGCAUCCCACAAAAGAUUUAUUAUUAGAAUACUUAGAUGAGCCAAUGGAAACUGAUACAAGCCUGGUCUUUAAACUUCGCUCAGGAAAGACUGCUAACGGCCCUGUUUUGCCAGAGGUUGAGGUUUACAUCCACCUACUUGUACUCGUCCAUCUGUUGGAUACCAACAGGAACAAAGACGCUGUUAAGUGCUCUGAUCAGAUGAUGGUCAAAUUGGACAGCUACAAUCGCAGGACAAUGGACCAGCUGUCAGCCAAGGCUUACUAUUUCCACGGCAGAGCUUAUGAAAUCACAGGUCAAGAAGUGAACAUUAGGAGUUUUUUGCAUGCUAAAUUACGCACAGCAACCUUAAGACGCAAUGAUGAAGCUCAGGCCACAAUUCUUAACCUCCUACUGAGGAACUACCUUCUGCACAACUUGUAUGAUCAGGCUGACAAACUGGUGGCCAAGUCAUCUUUCCCUGAAUCUGCAUCAAACAAUGAAUGGGCUAGGUUUCUCUAUUACAUGGGAAGGAUAAAAGCAAUACAGUUGGAGUAUUCAGAAUCAAAUAAGAACUUACUGCAGGCAAUUAGGAAAGCACCUCAGCACUCAGCAGUUGGAUUUAAGCAAGCAGUACACAAGUUAGCCAUCGUUGUCCAGCUACUUCUAGGGGAGUUACCGGACAGAGCAUUAUUUAGACAGAAGCCAUACAGGAAAGCACUAUACCCAUACCUCCAACUAACUCAAGCCGUAAGGACGGGUGAUCUAUCGCUGUUUAAUCAGACACUGCAAACCUUCAGUAGUAAAUUCCAGUCAGAAGGGACAUACACGUUAAUCAUCCGGUUACAUCACAACGUGAUCAAGACAGGAGUACGUAUGAUUAGCUUAUCAUAUUCACGUAUAUCAUUGAUGGAUGUUGCCAAGAAGCUACAGUUGGAUAGCCCAGAAGAUGCAGAGUUUAUCGUAGCUAAGGCUAUACGAGAUGGUGUUAUAGAAGCAAGUAUAGACCAUGAGAGAGGCUAUGUGAGGUCAAAGGAAAAGACGGACAUCUACUCAACCAAGGAACCCACAGCAGCCUUCCAUCAACGCAUCACAUUCUGUUUAGAUAUUCAUAACCAAGCUAUCAAGGCAAUGCGAUUCCCACCAAAAUCUUACAAUAAGGAUUUGGAGUCAGCUGAGGAAAGGAAAGAGCGAGAGCAACAAGAUUUGGAAUUGGCCAAGGAAAUGGCAGAAGACGAUGAGGAUUUUCCAUGAAAACCACACAAAACAAAAACAAUUCAUAUUCAUAUUGGAAAAUGCUAGAUUUUUGUUAACCGAAAGUAAAAACCAAAUCUGGUGUGGUUUUUAAUUUCUGUUAUCUUUUUCUAUAUAGCUGCUUCUUAUCAAGUUGUAAGUUUUUACCACGAUUACAAAUAUGAUAGAGGCAUUGAUAUAAUGCAUGUAUAUAAAGUAUUUGGGAGAGAGUAUUGUGUAAGCAUACAGAUAUUAUCAGUGUGUGUAAGGAUGAUGGAGUGACGAUGUAUUAUGCCUGGUUUCCAUAAAAUCACUACAGACUAUUGGCAACGUCUACCGGCAAUGCUCAUUUGUCGGUCAAGUUGGAAAACCUUCCCGAUUGGGUCAGGUACAGCUCUAAGCUCUGGGUAAGUAUUGCCAUGAAAACCCUGCAGCGAAGUGUAAUGAUUUUUUGAAAACCAGGCUGAAAUGUAUGCAAAAAUACGGUAAUAUUAUAUUUCUGCAAAAACAAUGAUUUUCUGUCAACUCGGUGAAUGGAUGAUAUCAUCUUUUGAACACAUCAUUCCUGGCUUUCGAGUGAGUAUUAAAAAAAACUGCAGUCUCUGCGAAUAGAGAUAGCUUAAUGAAAGAAAAUAAAAAGAUAUGUUCAAUAUCCAGUAGUUAUGAUAUUUUUAAAUGUCCGUGAUAAUGCAAAUUGUCCAGGUUAGUGCAAGUUUCCCAGGGUAAUACAAGUUUCCCAGGGUAGUGCAAGUUUCCCAGGGUAGUAGGUAAUAUAGACAUCUGUGAACACUACUUUUGUUGAUUACCUGCUAACUUGGGUGCCAUCAUUUUUUUUUUUCUGAUUGCAUGUUUGAUAGAAAAUAUAAAUCGGUUUCACCUCAGGUUAUAGAAAUAUUGUUUUUACAUGUUUUAAACAAAGUUGUAGAUCAGUUGUAGUCUCAAUUGAUGGCUUUAUAGCAUGUUUGCCUAAUAUAAUUAUACUGUAUGUGUAUACUCCUGUAAUAUUCCUGUGAAACUGCAGGUGAUGCGGGUGGUGGUGUUUCAUCCAGGAGGACUGUGAUACAAAAAAAUAUAGGGAGCUUUUGAUUGCACGACCACAUUGGGACCUAGAAUGUAAUUACAUCACCAUGAAGUCAUCUAUGCAUGCAGGAACAUUGAAUUCUCAUAGUCAUCUGGAAUCUAGGAUGCAGCUUGGUCCGAAUAUGUGCAGUGCAGAGAACGUAGGACGGUCACGGAUGAGUGAAUCUGUCCUGGUGUCAUCGCCAUGCAAAUCGAAAGCUCCAUACUAAAUGAGCCAUUAUGCUAAGCUCCGCCCCUUGACUUCGCCCCUUGGAUAUUGUUGCUAAGGUCAUAUAUGUGAUACAAAAAAAUAUAGGGAGCUUUUGAUUGCACGACCACAUUGGGACCUAGAAUGUAAUUACAUCACCAUGAAGUCAUCUAUGUAUGCAGGAACAUUGAAUUCUCAUAGUCAUCUGGAAUCUAGGAUGCAGCUUGGUCCGAAUAUGUGCAGUGCAGAGAACGUAGGACGGUCACGGAUGAGUGAAUCUGUCCUGGUGUCAUCGCCAUGCAAAUCGAAAGCUCCAUACUAAAUGAGCCAUUAUGCUAAGCUCCGCCCCUUGACUCCGCCCCUUGGAUAUUGUUGCUAAGGUCCCAGAAAAACAACAAUAUAAACUUGCGUUUAUGGGACAACAUAUUGUGUUUGUGAGACAAGCAUGUAAUCCUGGCCCUGUUUUGAUUGGUCUGUUAAGUUUUGAUUGACACACCCAGGGAAGGCCCAUUGCUUUGAAUUGAAUUCCAUGAUGAUGUAAUGAAUAAUGAAAUUGAUUGCAUUAUAUUGUUUGUGUAUUGAGAGUAAUGAAAGUGUGGCUGCAGACGAUUAAUUCUUGUACACUUACAAUUUGUUCUUUUGCCAGCUUGAGAUUUGUACAGAAAAGUUAAGUAGAAAUUGUAUUGAUAUUCAUAAGACAAAGGGAUGUUCUUUGGUUCAGCCAAAAAAAAAAGUAAUAAAGUUGAUUCUUCUGUCACCUAGUA